AGGCUUUCGGCGAAAACAUUCAAUCCAUUCAUUAUGGCGCCUUCUGUACUCUCAGCCGUGCUCUCGGGCUCUGCCCUACUGGCUGCUGUUAAUGCUCAGAACUUUGCCGGCGGUGACCGCGCUGAAGAUGCGUUUGUGUACUACCAACCGCUCAACACUACCAUCUUGACCGAGUAUGGUUCCUCGCCGCCCGUAUAUCCGUCACCAAAAAUCACUGGUGCCGGUGGAUGGGAGAUGGGUCUUGAGAAGGCGAAAGCUUUCGUAGCCCAACUCACUCUCGAGGAGAAGGCUGAUAUGGUCACUGGCCAAGCCGGACCCUGCGUUGGAAACAUCGUGGCUAUCCCUCGUCUUGGUUUCCCUGGCCUGUGUCUUCAAGAUGGUCCUCUUGCUAUCCGUGUGGCCGAUUACGCCAGCGUCUUCUCUGCCGGUGUAUCUGCUGGUGCCACAUGGGACAAGAAGAUCAUGUACGAGCGCGGUCACGCCAUGGGUGAAGAGUUCAGGGCCAAGGGCUCUCAAAUCAUGUUGGGCCCCGUGGCUGGACCUCUUGGACGUUCUGCCUAUGCAGGCCGAAACUGGGAAGGAUUUUCAUCCGACCCCUACCUCAGUGGUAUUGCCAUGGAAGAGACUAUCCAUGGUGCUCAGGAUGCAGGUGUACAAGCUUGCGCAAAGCACUGGAUCGGCAAUGAGCAGGAGAUUCAACGUAACCCUUCUUACAGCACUGGAGUGGACAAGACCGCGCAUUCUGCAGCAGCUCUCUCGUCCAACAUUGACGACCGCACUAUGCAUGAACUCUACAUGUGGCCCUUUGCCAACGCUGUCAAGGCGCGUGCUGCCAGCUUCAUGUGCUCAUACCAGAGAAUCAACGGAUCCUACGGAUGCCAAAACUCAAAGUCGCAGAACGGUCUUCUCAAGACCGAGCUCGGUUUCCAGGGCUACGUCAUGUCUGAUUGGGGUGCGACCCACACUGGUGUUGCCGCUAUUGAAGCCGGUCUCGACAUGAACAUGCCUGGAGGACUCGGUGCCUACGGCCAGGGCUUUGGCUUCACUUCCUACUUCGGUGGCAACGUCACUGCUGCUGCCAAGAACGGUAGUCUUGAGAUGUCUCGUAUCGACGACAUGGUUAUUCGCAUCAUGACCCCGUACUUCCAGCUCGGUCAGGACAAGGAUUUCCCUAGCAUUGACCCUUCGACUGGCGACCUCAACACCUUCUCGCCACCCAGCACCUGGACACGAGAGUACAACCUCACUGGCGAGGCCAGCCGUGAUGUUCGUGGUAACCACGGCGAGUUGAUCCGCCGCCACGGUGCCGCUGGUACCGUUCUGUUGAAGAACGUCGAUCACGCACUUCCUCUCAAGACUCCUCGCAAUGUCGCCGUCUUCGGCAACGACGCUAGCGAGCCAGUACGCAGCUCCGUAAUCAACCAGCAAAACUAUGAAUACGGCACCUUGUUCGCUGGCGGUGGCUCAGGUACUGGUCAAUUCACCUACAUGAAGAGCCCCCUCCGCGCCAUCCAGGACCGCGUUACUGCUGACGGCGGCAUCGUCCAAUCCUUCCUCAACAACACUCACAUUGCUACCAACAACGUCAGCACGCUCGUUAUUCCCAAGCGUCAGCCCGACGUCUGCAUCGUCAUGCUCAAGACCUGGGCCGAAGAAGGUAACGAUCGCGCUCACUUGGGAUCCGACUGGGACGGCGACAAAGUCGUUACCUCCGUCGCCGCCUUCUGCAACAACACCGUUGUCGUCACCCACUCAGCCGGUAUCAACACACUCAACUGGUCUGACCACCCUAACAUCACCGCCAUCGUGGCCGCUCACUUCCCUGGCCAAGAAUCCGGCAACUCCCUCGUAGACAUCCUCUACGGCCACGUCAACCCCUCCGGUCACCUCCCCUACACUAUUGCCAUGAACGGAAAUGACUACAACGCGCCCCCUACCACCAACAUCAACACGACUGGCUUCUACGACUGGCAAUCCUGGUUCGACGAGAAGCUUGAGAUUGACUACCGUCACUUCGACAUGCACAACAUCUCCGUUCGCUACGAGUUCGGUUUUGGUCUCUCAUACACCACCUUCGAUAUCAAGGACAUCAGCGCCGAGGCCUCCGCCAGCGACAUCACCUCCAUGCCCGAGCAACUUCCCAUCCAGCCCGGUGGUAACCCCGCUCUCUGGGAGACCCUCUACAACGUCACCGUCACCGUUUCGAACACUGGCGACGUUGCCGGUGCCGCCGUACCCCAGCUCUACGUCGGUCUUCCUUCUUCCGCCCCUGCUGGAACGCCCGUGCGCCAGCUUCGCGGCUUCGAGAAGGUGUACCUUGAGAAGGGUGAGAGCCAGAGCGUCAGCUUUGAGCUUAUGAGGCGUGAUUUGAGCUACUGGGACAUCGUUUCCCAGCAGUGGGUCAUCCCUGAGGGAGAGUUCACCGUCUGGGUCGGACACAGCAGUCGCGACUUGAAGGUUACGAAGAGCUUUACUGUUGUGCAGUAA